UUAAUCAGAUGUUGCAAAAUGUAGUAACGAACACAGACGGGGCCCGGUGGUAAUGUACACCCCAUUAACCGGCUUUCUGUGGUGAAAGUCACCGGGGAGUUUUUUAAAACGGUUAACGGCGCAGUUCGCUAGCGAGCUAAGCCGUGCCGUGUUAACACUUAGUUACCGUUAGUGAACGUUCGCGACCAACAACAACCGUUAGGUUAACUUCGAUUGUCCUCCGCAAAACGCGUUAGCCGCGUAGCUAACGGUAGCUACUAUGGCAAGCUAAGAACAUACAUGUUAGCUACUUGGUACGAAGCGAAUCAUGUGUGUUUUAACAAAGUACAUAAUUAGAAUAGACAGCAGAAAGAGUAGGCGACGCUACGCUUCUGCAGGAGCUGCCGUGGCUAGCGGUUAGCGGCGUAAGCUAACUUAUGGCUGGCUGAGCUGCCUCAGACCAACAAAGUUAUUGGAUGUUCCUGGAGAGUGGCUCUCCUGACUGCUCUUUGUUCUGGCUCAACAUGGUGAUGGUGGGAUAGCUUAGCAUGGCGAUAAGAGCCAACCGCACUGAUCCUGGCGACAGGCUUUAAAAACACGGGACGGAUGCAUUUGGGAUAUUGUAACAUUUGGUGAAUAUCGGCGUCACAUUAAUGGACACUUCCAAAUAAGCACAACACACAACAUAGCACGAUGUAGGUGUAUGCAGCCAAUUGGAAACCAGUUGCACCAAGUUAACGGUGUAUUUUCAAUAAAAAUAGUAGUUUUAAAGUGUUGGAUGGUUUCCACAAAAGCAAGAAGAAUGGUGUCGUACAGCGCCGAUACCGACGAGGUAGAUAAUUACAUGGAUUCACCACAUAACUGGAAUGGACAGACAGACAUCCUCCUUUAUGUCAACAUUUCUGCCUCAAAGUUUGGCCGUGUAGGAUCUUUAAAUAUUGUCUCCAUGAAAAAGCACAAUCAUUUGUGUAUUUAUUAUAACAAAUAACAGUACAAAUAUACAUACACCAUAUCAACCAUACUGUUUUCAUUCCAAAGGUUCUCAGUGAUCUGUACUAAUAAUCAUAGGGAAUGUGAGGUUAAGUUUAUUCUUAUAGCCCAAUAUUACUUACAAUGUCUCAAUGGGCGUUACAGCCCCUCAUAUGGAGCCCAAGCUCUCUGUGAAGUCAAGAAAUAAAACCCGUGAGCGCAUAAGAGAAGAAAGGCCUUGUAUGAAACCAUCUCUUCCAAGCCCCUCAUUCACUUCAGUGGUUUUUACGCAUUGUGUUAAUCUUGUUUAGCAUAGCACCACAACACCCGUCAAACGGUGACACCCCAUUUUGUGAAGCAGUUUUGCAGUCACGGUCAUUUCUCAGGAUCUGAUAUUGUUUUUUUAAUAAGUUGUAAACAGGUGUUGUAAACAUAAACCAUUUGAUAUGUUCAAGAUUGCAAAUCAUCUAUAAUUAUUGUUUUUGAAUACUCUUACAUGCUGGGUGUCCUUGAAGUGGAAAGAUAGUUAGUUGUUUGGUGACCUGUCUUCUCAGGAAAUGGCUUUUUUGUUGUUUGUAAAUUUGAUAUUUUAUUAAUGUUCCUACUUUUGGUGCAUCGUCUCAUUAUUUCUCAUGCAACUGUACACUAUUAACUUAAUUUCAUCCCCGUUUCUCAGAAUGUUCUUGUUGAUGACGGUGGACAUGGGUGAUCAAUCCGAUCAUUGCCGUUGAGUUCUCUGCAGAUGUUGUGAUGUAUUGUCCCAAACCCGAUCAAGCAAACUACUUUUACAAAUGAGGUGCUGCUUGGUUCCAGGACGUGUGUCCUAUCACUGAGGCCACAUGUGUAUCGGGAGAGAUGGAUCGUUGUAAGCACGUGGGACGCCUUCGUCUGGGCCAAGACCAUUCAAUCCUCAACCCGCAAAAAUGGCACUGUGUGGACUGCAGCACCACCGAUUCAGUGUGGGCCUGCCUCAAGUGCUCCCACGUGGCCUGCGGACGCUUCAUGGAGGAGCACUCGCUCAAACACUUUCAGGAGUCACAGCACCCACUGGCUAUGGAGGUGCGUGAGCUGGAUGUGUUCUGUUUUGCCUGUGGAGACUAUGUACUCAAUGAUAAUGCAGAGGGAGACCUCAAACUCCUCAGAGGGGCCCUCUCCACAGUUCGCAGCCCAGGUAGACGCUCUCUGCGCUCCUCAUCUGGGGGAGAGUGCUCCUCCUGGGUCGGGGAAGGAGGGCCACAGCCCGCCAUGCAGCUGGCCUCGCGUCACAGGAGGAAAGCACUCCUAGGGAAGAUGCUUCAGAUGUGGAUCGGUAAACAUCAAGUGCUGCAGAAUCAGCGUGAAGAGAAACUCGAGGAAGCUAGAAGACAAAAAAAAGAGGUGAAAAGGAGACUCAUGGAAGAGCUCGUCAAUGUCCCUCCCAGAAAGAGUGCGAGGCUUCUUACUCAGGCGCCACGUUCGAUGAUCACACUCAUUCCUCGCAAAUUCCGCGACCCUCCGGAACGCCUACCUCCUCCUCCCAAGAAGCCCUCCCUUCUCACCCUGUCCCGUAAGGCUCCUCAGAACGGCAGAGCUGCUAAACUGAGGCGGUACUACUCCACACACGCGGUAACCCGCCGGAGACUCGCUCCAGGUGUCACUGGUCUGCGCAAUUUGGGGAACACAUGUUACAUGAACUCAAUAUUGCAAGUGCUGAGCCACCUGCAGAAAUUCAGGGAGUGUUUUCUCACUUUGGACCUGUGUGAGACCGAGGAGCUGCUGGCCAAGACCAAUAACUCCCAGGAGAUGAAGGGUGUGACGGGAGGUGUAGUCGGCAGUGGUAACGCCUCACUGUCAGGGUGCCCUCUUGGACGCAUGGGGAAACCAGGCAGUUGGAAUUUGGCCCCGGGCAAAAAGGAAAGCGCCCCGCCUUCCCCACAGGCUUCGGAGUUGGUCCAGCCCAAGGAGCCUCGCUGCUCCACCCGCCAGCAAAUGUCUCUGUGCCAUGAGUUACAUACACUUUUCAGGGUCAUGUGGUCAGGCCGGUGGUCUUUAGUGUCUCCAUUCGCCAUGCUGCACUCUGUGUGGAACCUCAUCCCGGCCUUCCGUGGGUACGACCAGCAGGACGCCCAGGAGUUCUUGUGCGAGCUGCUGGACAAGGUGCAGCAGGAGCUGGACACGGAGGGGUCCAAACGCAGGAUAGUUAUCCCCAUCACAAAGAGGAAACUAUCCAAGCAAGUGCUAAAGGUUCUCAACACCAUCUUUCAUGGGCAGCUCCUCAGCCAGGUGACGUGUCUGUCCUGUAAGCACAAGUCUAACACAGUUGAGCCAUUCUGGGAUUUGUCUUUGGAGUUUCCAGAGCGAUACCACAGCAUAGACAAAGGCUCAGGCGCUACAGCGUACCAGCGCAGCUGCACCCUCACCGAGAUGCUGUCCAAGUUUACGGAAAUGGAGGCUCUCGAAGGCAGCAUCUAUGCCUGCAACCACUGCAACAAAAGAAGACGGAAAUCAUCCCACAAACCCUUAGUUCUGUCAGAGGCUCGAAAGCAGCUUCUGAUCUACCGUUUACCUCAGGUUCUACGGCUGCACCUCAAACGCUUCAGAUGGUCUGGGCGGAACCAUAGGGAGAAAAUCGGCGUCCACGUGGCCUUCGACCAGGUUCUGAACAUCAAACCAUACUGCUGCACAGGCUCAGGUCACUCUGUCCACAGAGGAGGCUACACCUACGAUCUGUCUGCUGUUGUUAUGCAUCACGGGAAAGGCUUUGGCUCAGGGCACUACACCGCAUACUGCUACAAUACAGAAGGAGGUUUCUGGGUCCAUUGUAAUGACUCUGAGAUGAAGGUCUGCAGUGUGGAGGAAGUGUGCAACACUCAGGCCUAUAUCCUCUUCUAUACCCAGAGGUCUGCCUAGGUACCUCUCGCUGUGAUGUCGACCUGUUUUUGGGCAACUUAAGGCUGCAUUUAUGAAAACGUUUUCCCGGAUGUCAUUAAGCAAUCACUUUUACUAGAUUUACUAAAAAAAGAUGGCAACGGGGCCAGUAGGACAGCCACAAUCAUGAGUCACGGUGAACAUUUUAGCAGCAUAAUCCAGAAGAAAAUGAUAAUUCAAUUUAAAUGUUCUAAUGGGUGGCUUUGGAUUUUGUUUGUAGAAAUCAAAAAACCUUUUCAUAAAUGAGGCCACGGCUUCCUUUGGCCUGUGGGACCAGCAUAUCGGUUAAUGGCCCGACGGCUGUGGGAGCAGGUCCGACUCUGUCCUGCUGAACACCACCUUGUGUGUCCGUGUUUCUCAAUGCGAUCGGGCUCAUGUCUGUUGAGUCUGGAUCCAAUCAGGCGCUCUCCUCCUGAAACAGCAUUUCACAUUUGAAGGUCACAUGGAUUCUGGAUUUUAGAGCAUUUCUAUCACAAUCAUGUUGUUUAUGUGCUUUUUAAAUAACCGUACAUUUGAUAGCCAAUGCACUAAAUAUUAUAAGAGGUACUUCCUUCAACAUCAUUGUGUAGUUCCACUGGAAUUAAAUGAAUCUAGCGACUAAAGUCCAGACUCCGUGUCGCCUCCUGUUCAGCUUUUUUUUAAUUAUGGUGAAAUGUCAGCCAUGGAAACUUUUACUGCUCAUCCCUGUGUCGUUCGUACUUCAUCAUGUCCUCUCCUCAAUUGUACUGCUGUGACUGGAUACUGUGUCUGAGGAUCAAGGCCUUUCGCCUGCGCUCCCAAGUGAACAGGAAUAGUUUUAGUUUAUUUUGUAGUCAUUCUGUGUUUCACCUUCACUUGAUGAGUGAUGGAAAGCUGCACUUUUGGGGAGGGGCUACUAAUGUUGGUCCUAUCUUUGUGAUUGUUCAUCCUUAUGCUCCUGUAUCUUGUUUAAAUGGCAGCUCCCCCUGUGGUGUAACGGUUAGGUAGUCUGAGGCCGCGUCGGAGACACCGCUCCUCUGUUUUAACUGCAGGAGAAAUGAGUGAACGGCCAGACUGCGAUACAGAAGAAUGUGUUGGGGCACCCAGUUUGAGUUGAGCACCUGAAAGCAAUAUAUUGUACAUCUUGCAUCUUGACAGGAAAUUAAGAUAAAAUCAGGAAUUCUUCUGCUUCUUGUUAUACAAUGUUUUUUUCUACUCUGCUGUUUCUAUGAAGGUCUUUAGAAUUUGCUAGGUAAUCAAGAAAGAACUGUUGUGUUUGAUAGGAGUCAAACGCAAAAUACAUUUGUGAACUCUAUGUAAAAGUUGGAACAAUCUAAUGACGAUGAAUGUCUUACUUUUCAGUGGUCAGGUGUGGCCAUGCCACCGGCUCUGAUCCCUUUGAGUUCUGUCUUGUACUGUAAGAAUACCUGUCAUAAAUGUAAUGGUCAUAUGGGUUUUGCCAGACGGUGAUUAUUAAAAAGACAAAACAAAUCUGAAACGAUCCUUGGGUUGUAUUCAUUUUUAGAGCGAAUGGUGUCUUCAGCGCGACCAUUUGUCUGAAUUAAAAGAUGGAGGGUUCAUUCGGGUCAUGAGCAUGUUUUAUGUCUCUUCACUAGCUUAGCCAUCAUAAUGUCUGCAACAUCUUGACGGCAUUAAAGGAGGAUGCAUACAUGUUCAGUGAACAUUAAUAAAUGUCACACAUUUAGCAUCAUAACGGAUGCAGUGAAGUGGAACUGAAAUGAAUCACAGGAUUAACGGAUGAUCUGAAAUCUAUUAACUCUGCUUCUCUAAUGCUUCCUUAAAGAUGUGAAACCUAGAAUAACUGUAAUCUGGUUCAGAAAUAUGAUGGGAGGUCAUUCAAUGUAAAUAUUCUCUGAAGAUUAUCCUGAAAUCAUAUAAAUCAAACAUCUGGAAUGUGUAACAUAAACCACAAUGUUUUGUUUGUACGAUUUUAUUCAUAACUUCUGUUGGUGAACGAUGAGACUGCGAUUGUCUUUA